CUUCCUGGCUCUUGCUUAUUCCAGCGCUAUGAAGGUACUCCUGGGCACAUCUCUCCUCCUGGUCAUCGUCUCCCCAGCAGUACCUCUGAAAUGUAUUUCUGCGACUGACAUUACUAAAGUCUCAGACCAAAGAGUUUUAACAUGUAGACCUUCACUGAAUGUCUGUUUUUCCAGUGUUUUCCGUACAAAUAUAGUUGGUGAUAAAGAGGCAACUUACUAUGGAUGCGGCCUAGCAGGCCUGUGCCGUUCAGGCCAUUAUAGCUUCACUUCAGCGAGUGGUACAUUCGUUCAGAAGAUCUCCCGCUGCUGCAACACUGACAUGUGCAACAAUGAAACUCUUACUCUUCCAGAUCGCAGCACUCUUCCCCCGAAUGGUCUGAAGUGCCCAGCCUGCUUCCAUUACCUUUUCAGGAAUUGUACAAGUAAAACUACCAUUAACUGCUUUGGGAAUGAGAAUCAAUGUGUUCAUUUUAAAGGAGUUCUCAAGAAAGGUAUCCAUAGGGGACAGAAAUUAAAUUUCAAGGGAUGUGCAACAAAAGAUUUUUGUUCCCUCAAGAAUCAUUCCCCAUUUGUUGGUUAUUAUAACUUCGAACCCGUAGAAGAGACAUGUUACGAUGCUUCAGAAACCUCAAACCAGCCUGAAUUUUGAGGAUAGGAUACAGAAUAACCUCCCUUCUUGUGGUUUCCACAAUAUAUUGCAGUUGGG